UUCCUUUAUAGCAAUAGCUUUACAACAUUCCACGUGUACGUGUAUACAACGUCUAGAGAGAAGAUGACAGACACAGAACAGAAGGAGAACGUCCCUAGCCCUGCACCUGUAGCUGAUCAACCAAAGCUGAGGAAGAGAAGAAAAGGCUGGGAUGUGGCCGAAUCAAAUGAGGUUGAGAUUGAGCAGACUGGACCGCUCAUACAACCAGCUGUACUCUCCGCACUCAACCCACAACAAACACAGAAUCUAGCCAUGGCCAAGAAAUAUUGUGCCGACGUCUCGUCCAAGUUUCAACAACAACGACACACUGAGCAGCAGGUGGUCCAGAUGCAGCAGUUGCAAGAGGCGGCCAACAAACAGAGAGCGUUGCUAUUAAUGACCAGGAUCUAUGUGGGUAGCAUCAACUUUGAGAUUGGAGAAGAAACAGUCAAGACUGCCUUUUGUCCGUUUGGAACCCUCAAGUCUGUCAACCUUUCUGUGGAUACGGCUGCUAUGAAACACAAAGGCUAUGCCUUCGUUGAGUACGAGACAGCUGAGGCAGCACAACUGGCACUGGAGCAAAUGAACGGUGUUGUCAUGGGUGGACGGAAUAUCAAGGUUGGUCGCCCUAAUAACGUGCCUCAGGCUGCCCCCAUCAUCGCUCAGAUUCAGCAGGAGGCUACCAAGUACCCACGGAUCUAUGUGGCUUCCAUUCAUCUUGACCUUCUCCCAGAAGACGUUAAGAGUGUAUUUGAGGCAUUUGGGAAGAUCAAGAAGUUGGAGUUGGCUCCUGACACUAACCCGGCCAAGCACAGGGGGUGGGGCUAUAUCGACUACGAGAACGCUAAGAGUGCAGCUGAUGCCAUUGCCUCCAUGAACUUGUUUGACCUGGGCGGACAGUUCCUGAGAGUGGGAAGGGCACUGACCCCUCCACUUCCACUCUACCCUCCAAAUGCCGCCCCCGUGUUGCCAGGGAUACUCGGCCUGGGCAUGGGAGGAGACUCCAUGGCUGGUAUAAUCCCCACUGAUGUCAUGUCAUACAGCGACGAAACUGUGAAUGUGACGAUGCCCCUGGCUCAGUCUAAGGUGGAGGAGGAGAGAGAUGACGUGAUGGCCGAGAAGGCUGUUGUCAUCACUAACCCAGAGAGCAAUACUUUACAGUCAGAGGAGAACGUCUCCAUCUCUGGUAGCAACGCUCGCCUCAUGAUCAUGAAGAAGCUGUCCAGGAAAACAGAGUCCCGUGUUUUGGUGCUCAACGACAUGGUAACUAUGGAAGACCUUGACGACGACCUUGAAGAAGAGGUGACCUCUGAGUGCUCUAAGUACGGCAGUGUGGAGAGGGUCAUUAUCUACCAGGAGCGACAGAGCAUGGAAGACAAUGCUGAUGUUAUUAUCAAGAUAUUCGUCCUUUUCUCAGUCACAGCUGAGGCUGUAGCAGCUGCUAAAUCUCUCCAUGGUCGAUGGUUUGGAGGACGGAUGAUAAAGGCGGAGCUUUACGAUCAGGAGAAGUUUGAUGCCAACGACCUGUCACACUGACUCACUAGCCGUCUCUUUGUUCAUGCACACACACAUGCAGAACUAUACGUAUCAACACCUUCUGUGACUCUGUUACUAUAGAUGGACACAAAUUGUUUCGCUUCUUGCUUUGUAUAUAAUAGUUGUAUGUAUGCUACGUUAUGUUGAA